AUGAACGACACUGACAAACCUAUUGUAUUCUAUGUUCCUGGACUGUAUUCCUCUACUCUGAAACCACUCGACAUGGGUUGUUUCAGUGACAAUCAAUGGAAUCCACCACGUUCCUUGAUUGGAACUCUUGGGCGGGGAAACAAUGGUCACAAGGGUUUGAAAUUGCCAAUUACCUGGAGUCAAAAACAAGGUGACAAUAAUGGAACAUACAUUCAAGACAAGGAUGACGUGAAAGCCGACGAUUGUCUGUAUGCGAUACAAGACAAGUUACUCCAUUUCCUUGAUACCUUGCAGGAAAAUGGAAUGAUUGAGUUGCACAAGAUUGUCUGGGAUUGGAGACGGACCUUUGAAGAAGCCGAACAACACAUUGCCAAAACGAUGGACUCCAUCAUGAUAAGGUCAUCCGCCGCAACAACAACAACAACAACACAAAAGAAAAAGGCAGUGUUGGUAACGCACAGCACGGGAGCACUCGUGGCAUGGCCGACCAUUUGCAAGCAUCCCGAAUACUUUUCGUGUUGGGUGAAUGCGGCUGGAUGCCUGCUGCAAGGAAGCAACAUGUUUCUAAAGAAUUUUCGAUACGGUUACAGCGUCUCCAACAUAAUACGAAUGUUGUCCAAAGAAGUUUUCUUUACCUUUCCUGGUCUAUAUUCUUACUUUCCAACCGUGAACGAGGAAUUUGUGAGUGGGAAUGGUAAAAGUGAUUGGGUAAACGACGAUGGAACGACGUUUUAUACGGAUAUUGAUAUUCACAAGGUGGAAACUUGGGAAGAAUACAAGCUUGGGAUCUUUGGUUGGAAGAACAAAGGAGAAACAGUGACAGAGCAAGAACGAAGUCACCUGCAACAUUGUCUGGACGCUGCCAAACGAUUUCGUGAAACCAAUCUUGUCAAGGGAGGAAUGGAUCCAAAUGAUGCAAGUUUUCUAGACCAAGAUAUCAAUGCCUAUGACCAUUUGAAGAUUAUUUGUUAUGGGACGGACAAGUUCCAAGUGCAUUCUGCCUAUCAAGUCGAUGUGACCAACAAAACUGUGGAUGUAUCGUCCUCCAAACUCACGACUAAUGGAGACGGCACAUUGUUUACGACCAAUUGGCAAACCGUUCCUGGGAGCCUCAAACGAGAGAUUGUCAUGGCACAAGACGGUUCCGACCACGUGUCUCUGGUGAACGAUAUCAAACUUCAAAAACUCUUGUUGGAUUGCUUCUUUGCAAACGAUGAAAUCAAGAGAGCUUCGGCUCAAGCCUUGUUGAAAUUGUAA